GUUUCCGUUUCAUAAGCUUUCGUAAGGAAGAUUGACUGCAAAUAUGAGAACAGCUUUAACUGUUAAAUGUGAAAUUUGGUGGAAGUUUGUAUAGAGGGUUUACAGUUGUGCUCAGAGAGGAGUGUGAUCAGAUUUUGAUUCUUCCGCUGUCCAGGCUAAAACUUCAUCAGUCAUCAACAACAACCUGCUUUCCUGAGUGACACUGACAGCUGGAGUGGACUGAACGCUCUCAGUUUCAACUUCCACAUCGUGUGUUGUCGUUGUAUGUAUACCCCUCUCAAAAUUACAGACCACAUAUACUGACUGACCCCAAAAUGAGAACUACACCUCCAGAAAAGCUUGCACAACUCCAGAAGAAUCCAGCAAAUGUGAGAAACAUCUGCAUCCUGGCCCAUGUAGAUCAUGGGAAGACAACUAUUGCAGAUGCCUUGGUUGCCAGCAAUGGAAUUAUCUCCCCUCGCAUGGCUGGAAAGUUGCGGUAUAUGGACAGCAGGGAAGAUGAGCAGGUUAGAGGAAUCACCAUGAAGUCAAGCGGAAUUUCAUUGUUUUAUCAUAAAGACAGUGAAGAUUUCCUCAUCAACCUGAUUGACUCUCCUGGUCAUGUGGAUUUCUCCAGUGAGGUUUCCACAGCUGUGCGGCUGUGUGACGGAGCCCUGAUGGUGGUGGAUGUUGUGGAGGGGGUCAGCCCUCAGACACAUGCUGUGUUACGACAAGCCUGGCUAGAGAACAUCAGACUUGUGCUAAUCCUGAACAAGAUAGAUCGCCUGAUCACAGAAGUGAAAAUGGAACCUCUACAGGCUUAUAUACACCUGCAGAAGAUCUUAGAACAGAUUAAUGUGAUCACCAGUGAACUUUUCACCUCUGAACAUCUGGAGAAGACGGCCAAUGUGUCUGAAAGCACAACUGGAAGAACCAGAGUAAACUCCAACAGUGAACAGGUCUACGACUGGAGUAUUGAAGACUCUGAUGACUCCCACAUCUACUUCUCUCCAGCAAGGAAUGUAAUCUUUGCCAGUGCUCUAGAUGGAUGGGGGUUUAGCAUUGCUCAGUUCUCUGAAAUGUACUCGAAGAAACUGGAAGUAAAUCCAGCUGUUUUGCAGAAGUCACUGUGGGGAGAUUUUUAUUACAACGGUAAAACGAAGAAGAUCAUGACAGGAGCACAGAUGAAAGCCAAGAAGCCAUUGUUUGUGCAAUGUGUCUUGGAGAAUCUAUGGGCUGUCUAUGAGGCCGUCCUUAUCAGAAAGGAUAAAGAAAAAAUGGCAAAGAUAGUGAAGUCGCUUGACUUGAAGAUUGCCCCACGUGAUGCCCGUCAUACAGAUGCCCGCGUUUGUCUCCAGGCUGUCUGUAACCAGUGGUUACCACUUUCGGGGGCUGUUCUGGGUAUGGUAACAGAGAAGCUGCUGUCCCCACUGAGCCUAUCAGAGGAAAGAAUUGAAAAGUUAAUGUGCAGUCGAGCACGACAGUUUGAUUCGCUACCAGUCCAAACCCAGCAGUUAAAGAAUAAUUUUAUAGCUUGUGAUGCUUCAGAAGACUCACCGGUCAUAGUGUAUGUGUCCAAAAUGUUCGCUGUGGAGAGGAAAUCCCUUCCCCAGAACAGGCAGAGGCCAUUAACCAAUGCCGAGAUUGAAGAAAGAAGACUGCAGGCCAGACAACGUAUUGCUGUGAGACGGGAAGAGGCAUUGGUCCGAAAUGAAGAAAGUGCAUCCAUUCAAAAUCCAGAAAAUUGUAUUGCCAUUCAUCCUGACAACUUACAGCAGAAACCAGGGGAGCAAGAGGGUCCAUUGAAGGGAGACCAGGUGUUUCUGGCCUUUGCGAGGGUUUUCAGUGGGACUGUCAGAAAGGGACAGCAGUUGUACGUCCUGGGGCCAAAACAUGACCCAACCAAGGCACUGGAAGAGCUGAAAGAGAAGGGUGAAGUAGAGACCAGUGACUGUUUAUCUGACCUGACAAGUACCAGACACAUCACCUCAUUCACUGUGGAGGAGCUGUACCUAUGUAUGGGCAGAGAACUGGAGUCUCUCACUGAAGUACCAGCUGGAAACAUUAUAGGUAUAGGUGGUUUGGAGGAACACAUACUGAAGUCUGCCACCAUCUCCAGCACUGUAGCCUGCCCACCCUUCACAGACCUUUACUUUGAAGCUGCUCCUAUCGUCAGGGUAGCAAUAGAACCAAAGCAAGCAGGUGAGAUGACAAAACUGGUACGGGGCUUGAAGCUGUUAAAUCAGGCUGACCCUUGUGUGGAGGUACUGGUACAGGAGACAGGAGAACAUGUGAUCAUAGCAGCAGGGGAAGUACACCUGCAGAGGUGUAUAGACGACCUUACUGACAGGUUUGCAAAAAUUGAAAUCAAUGCCUCAAAGCCAAUUGUGCCUUUUCGAGAAACCAUCAUCAAACCACCUAAAGUGGACAUGGUGAACGAAUCAAUCCAGGACACAAAUCAGCCGGUGAAACUGGCUCGUUACUUGGAAUUUGAGGAUGACUCGGAAGUGAUUUCUCCUGGUGUUGUGGUUACCAUGACGGCAGACAGGAAGUGCACCAUUCGCAUCCGGGCAUUGCCUUUGCCAGAGGACGUAAUCAAACUGUUGGAACCAAAUGCGUUCUUAAUUAAAACACUUGAUGAGUAUCACAAACAGAAAUUCUCCGGGAAAAUUCAGGAAAGCUCAAAAAGUAUGAAGCUGAGUGCAGAAGUGAGGAAAUCUUUAGCAGAGUUCCGAGCAAAUCUGAGCUCAGCAUUUCAGUCAUCUGGUAAAGAAUGGAGAGGAGCUGAGUAUCAGAUUUGGUCGUUUGGCCCACGGAGAACCGGACCGAACAUCCUUCUAAACAGAGUACCAGAUUAUCAACGCCCUUCUGUCUGGGACUGUUUGGAGACAGAAGAACAACAACAGCAGCAGCAGCAGAAAUCAGAAUUACGCCCCUUUGAAAGCAGCAUUGUCAGUGGAUUCCAGAUGGCGACACUAGCAGGACCAAUGUGCGAAGAACCCAUGCUAGGGGUCUGUUUUGUUAUAGAACAGUGGGAAAAUAGUGGUGCAAGAAAUACAGACCAAUCCUGUGACAGGACUACAACAAAAGGGAAUAACUCCCGUUGGGGUGAAAAUGAAGAAAAUGUUGUUGAUAGUGCAAAAGAAAAUGUAACAGAGUCAUCAAAUUGGCUCUCUUCACAUUUAGAAAGAAUUCCCAAGUCAGAGCAGCCCUCAGAUUCUCAGCAACCUGCUUAUCCCAAGUCAAGUAUGGAGACAAAGGGAAAUAACUCCAGUGAUAACAUUCAAACAGAUGAAGAUGUCUCCAGGUUGAAACGAAAACAGGAGACGUAUGGCCCGUUUUCUGGGCAGUUGAUGUCAUGUGUGAAGGACGGCUGUAGGAAAGCCUUUCAGACGCAGCCCCAGAGGCUGUACGUGGCUAUGUACAAGUGUGAGAUUCAGGCUACCUCUGAGGUUUUAGGCAAAUUGUAUGCGGUGUUGGGGAAGAGAUUUGGCUGUGUGGUCGCAGGAGAUAUGCGAGAAGGCUCACAGAUCUUUAACAUUGAAGCUCAUCUCCCUGUAGUCGAAAGUUUUGGCUUUGCGGAUGACUUCAGGAAGAAAACGAGUGGCUUAGCUAGGCCUCAGCUAACUUUCAGUCACUGGGAGCUCCUAGACGUGGACCCGUAUUGGGUGCCCACAACAGAGGAGGAAUACCUUCAUUAUGGGGAGAAAGCUGACAACGAGAACAGAGCACGUGCUUACAUGAACGCUGUACGCAGAAGGAAGGGACUGCAUGUGGAAGAGAAACUUGUUGAGCACGCAGAAAAACAGAGGACACUUUCAAAAAAUAAGUAGGACUGGGGAAUAUGCAUGAGGGAUACCUGAAGCAUAUUAAAGUAUAUCAGCUGCCAUCUUCAAGUCUGUACAUGUACAUGUUGGACUAAGUAGUGGAAGAAUUACAUAUGGUAGUGAUUGGUAUAUCUGAAAGAUGUUUUUAAACAUGUAUAUCUGAUGUGGUGAGGAAACGUGGAAACCAAAACAAGUACAGAGCGUUUGAAAAGUGAAGUGGGAGCCAUCCAAGUGGAAAGUAGAUAACAUCAAGCAGUAAAAGACAUAGCUAUGGGUUUUACACAAACUGCAUGAAAGGAAAUUGUGAUGCAUAAAAUUAUCUGGCAAAUAUGCCUUAACUGGCAAGCAGUUGUUAUGCGUGUUCCUGCAGGGAAAGGGGUACACAGUAGGCAGUGGCAGGCCAUCAUGAAACAGUAAAUGCUACCAGAAGUAUCUGCAACCAUCUAUAAUAUGCUUGAAAAUGGAGUCUGUUGUUUGGGGGUGAUAAAUAUUGG